CUAGAACCCAAAUCCCCUUCUUCCAAGACCUCUGAUUCAGAGAGCCAGUCAAACAAUGCCCAGUGGCAUGGUUUCUUUCGUUUGUUAAAGAAAGGACCCAAAAUGCGUUUCCAACCCAUUCUUCCACUUAAAAACGUUCCAAAACUCACCAGAAGAAAUAGCAAGAGAUACAGGGAGAACCAGGUCCCGCCUCUAAAUUCGCCACUGAAUAAUCCAGCUCUCAAGACAAUCUUGGACACUGAAUUGUUCUGCUUCAAAGCUUCCUGGAAAAAUUUCUCGCAUGCAGAGAUUGUGAUUGCAACUAACAAUUUCAGCCAUGAGAAUGUGAUUGGUCAAGGAGGUUAUGCUGUGGUUUACAAAGGCAAAAUGGAAGAUGGGCAGUUUGUUGCAAUCAAACAGCUCACCAGAGGAACUCUAGAAGAAAUGACUGCAGAUUUCUUGUCUGAGCUUGGAAUUAUAGUGCACGUGAAGCAUCCCAAUAUUGCGAGAUUGAUUGGAUAUGGUGUUGAAGGGGGAAUGUUUCUUGUUCUUCAGUUGUCUCCACACGGCAGCCUAGCAUCCAUACUUUAUGGACCUCGAGAGAAACUUGGUUGGAGCUUAAGGUAUAAGAUUGCUUUUGGGACUGCUGAUGGCCUUCGCUAUCUGCAUGAGGAAUGCCAAAGAAGGAUAAUUCACAGAGAUAUCAAGGCUUCUAAUAUUUUGCUCUCAGAGGACUUUGAAGCUAUGAUAUCUGAUUUUGGGCUUUCAAAAUGGUUACCGGACCAAUGGACUCACCAUACAAUAUCCAAAAUUGAAGGCACCUUCGGCUACCUUCCUCCAGAAUUCUUCAUGCAUGGUUUAGUAGACGAAAAGACCGAUGUCUACGCUUAUGGGGUUUUAUUAUUGGAGCUCAUUACUGGACGACAAGCUUUGGAUAGCUCACAGAAAAGCUUAGUGAUGUGGGCAAAACCUUUGCUUUCUUCAAAUAACAUUAAAGAGCUUGUCGAUCCAUAUCUGAAUGGCGCUUAUGAUGAAGAACAAAUGAAACUUGUAGUCUUAGUAGCUUCAUUGUGUGUUGAUCAAUCCUCAGCUGAACGACCAAACAUGAGCCAGGUAUUAACGAUUCUAAGAGGAGGAGGAGAUAGCUUGGAGCUAAAGAAAUUGCAACAGAAGUCCAAAAUUCAAGGGACGUACUCUGAAGAACCCUUAGAUGCAGAGGAGUACAACUCAACAGAGUUUUUGAAUGUCCCGGAUCCACAUAUGCAGACUCUUCACUCUUCUGGGAAGCUGUAACUGUAACGAAGAGGAAAAACAGAAACAACUUUCACAGGUAGAGACAGGGCUGUGAUUCAAGAAACUGGUUCUGAGGCAGCCAUUUUUGACGUAGAGCGAACACGAGGUGACUCCACUGGCGGCUAUGACAGGUUGAACGUGGUGAUAUGUGUACAGAAAGGAGAACCGAGAGGCAAGAAAGAACCUCGUGAACAUUUUUGUCCAUAAUGAAUACACACACACACACACACACACACACACACACGAUCAAUAUGAGGA